CGUCCGCCAUUUUGUCCAGUGAGGAAAAGCGGCGACGGAGUCUCUUUGGAGGGUCGGCUCGGCUACGAAUUUAGCGCGGGCGCCCUUCGCGCACCCUCCCUUUUUAGCAUCGCAAUGCAUCGUGACUCUUGUCCACUGGACUGCAAGGUUUACGUGGGUAACCUUGGAAACAAUGGCAACAAAACUGAAUUAGAGCGAGCUUUUGGCUACUAUGGACCACUGCGCAGCGUGUGGGUGGCAAGGAAUCCUCCUGGUUUUGCCUUCGUAGAGUUUGAAGAUCCACGAGAUGCAGCUGAUGCAGUGAGAGAACUAGAUGGAAGAACCCUCUGUGGGUGUCGUGUCAGAGUGGAGCUCUCCAAUGGUGAGAAACGGAGUCGGAACCGUGGCCCACCUCCGUCCUGGGGCAGGCGUCCUCGAGAUGACUAUCGCAGGAGAAGUCCUCCUCCUCGUCGCAGAUCACCGCGAAGGAGAAGCUUUUCUCGCAGCCGCAGCAGGUCCCUCUCCAGAGACAGAAGAAGAGAGAGAUCACUCUCACGGGAUAGGAAUCACAAGCCUUCUCGUUCCUUUUCCAGGUCUCGCAGUCGCUCUAGGUCAAAUGAGCGGAAAUAGUACUGUGAGGAGGAGCUGUGUACAGGAAGUCCUUAGAGCUGAGGACAGGAGGAGUAUGUACAGGACAUUGUUUUGUUUUGAAACUUCAUAAAGCUUGGUGCAUUUUUAAAAUGUUUUAGCUGUUGAACUCGCUUUGUUCCUUGUAUCUUGUAACAGGUUGCAAAUGUAAAGAUCUGAAUCUGUAUAUGGUUCUAAGCAGAUCAUGAUUUGUAAUGUUAAUGACUUUACAAUGUACCAUCACACAGAACUCUGAACAGUAAGCUGUGUGUCUUGCAUAGAUAGAAUGUUUCUGGGUUUGUGCUGGGGUGUGUUUUGCUGGGAUUCAGCCUUUGGAAGGAAGCAUGCAGUGGAGACGUGCUCAUUGCAGAAACAUGGCUGUGAGAGGUGUUUGUGCAGAACAGGACAUAGAUGCUUCUUAGUGCAGUUCUCCAAAAUAGUCAAGAACGUGGAGCCAGUGGCAUGCAAAGGGGAUGACUGAGCUGCUGUUUUAUGCAGAGCUCGUUCUGAAUUCCAUUACUUGGAACUGAGCUGCUUUAUGUGAAAUAAUGUUUAGCCGUAGGGUCAGUUAAUUUUGUACCUCAUGUGACUAGAGUGCUUCUUCAGGACCUGAUUGUUUGCAUGACCAUCUAUUCCAGAGCCUCUGAAUAGACCAAAUACGGCAGAACUGACACUGGAGUGGGUGGGUUAUGUGUGUGAUGGUACAUUGUAACAGUUCUGAAUUAAACAUUUCUUUACUGUACAAGACUUUUCAUGUCACUUGUAAAAUGUCUUUUGUGAGAUCCUUGGGAUUAAAGUUUUGGUUACAA